AUGUCCCGCAACAGACGCGAGCUGGCCGAUGGCGAGGAUCCGUUCCACCCGGCCAAGCAGUACAUGGAGAAGCUCGACGCUGCGACGGCGGGCAGCGUGGCCAAGCUGCGCGAGCAGACGGGCGCCGGCAGCAGCACGACGCUGCGCGACCGCCUCGACCUCGCGCGCGGCAAGGCGGCGGUGGACAAGCGCUGGGACGCCAGCGGCGCCAAGCCGCUCGGCGACGGCGACGACGACGCCAGCAACAUCACGCCCGUCAGGGCGCCGGGGCGCGCUCCGCCGGCGCCGGCCAGCCGCAUCGCGGGUGGGGUUCCUCCACCGCCGCCAGCUCGUGGCGCCGUUCCACCACCGCCUGCGCGUGGCUCCGCACCGCCGCCGCCAUCGCGAGGCUCUGCACCGCCGCCACCGCCAGCACGCGGCGGCACCGCCCCCUCGCUGCCGCCGCGCAUGGCAAACGAGAGCGGCACGGCACACCCGCCGCCGGCGUACGGCUCGGCCGUGGCGCCGCCGCCGCCGCCGCCGCGCUCCAACUCGGCCGCCAGCGUGGCCACGCAGCAGGCGCCGCCGUUCCAGUGGAGCAGCAUCAGCGACGAGGACAAGGCGGCCUUCUUUGAGAUGCUCGACGAGUUCUUCACCUCGCGCCUCUCGCUCUCGCACGCACCGCCGCCGCGCCGCACGGGCGAUGCCACGCACGUCCUCGCACCGCGCAUGCCUGCGGCCGCACCAGCCGUCGCAGCAAGUAAGGCUCCCACUGCGCCGUCUGCAGCUGCCGCUCCCGACGGCGUGCCCUCGCUCUCUGCAUCCUCACAUGCGGGCGAGGCCAUCCCGCUGGCAUGGGACGCCUCGCUCUUCUUCCAGGAGCGCACCGACGCGGCCUGGCGCGGCGCCUCGCCGUGGUUUACGCAGCACUCGCAGCCGCCGCCGCCGCUGGCGCAGCGCAAGGACCUCAUCUGGAGCAGCAGCUACUCGUACAUGGGCUCGGACCGCGCUCUCGUGGGAGCUGCAGCCUUCGAGGAUCUCAGCGCGCUGUGGUACCGCGUGAGCUGGACGCAGGCCGCGUCGCCGCACGUCGAGCUGGCGUGGCGCCGUGCGCCCGAGGCGCUCGACGCUGCCGCACUGCAGGCCGGCAGUGCUGCCUAUGGCGACCUCGUCGCCUCGUUUGCCGAGCGCGCCGAGGCGGCGCAGCAGCACGUCGGCGACGGCGAGUGCUGGACGCUGGCGCACGAGGCGCUGCUUAACGCCAACCGCGAGGGCGGCUUCGCGCAGGAGGAGCGCUGCUUCGAGGGCAUUGGGCGCACGCACGGGCAUCUCAUCUAUGCCGCCACGCCCGCCGGCGGGCGCUGGCGCGGCGGCGACCUCGCACGCGCCGAGUGGGGCGGCGUUCGCCGCGGCGACAUCCUCGAGUGGCGCGAGGCGCGCUGCAGCGUCGUCGGCGCGCCGCAAGGCAGCUACAUGGACAUCGGUGCGCCCGAGCACACGGCUGUUGUCGUGGCGGAUGCGCCCGUGCCGCGUGACCUGGACUUCGAGGAGGAAGGGACCGAGAUGCACCCGCGCGAGCUGGAGCCCAUCGAGGUGGUGGAGCAGAGUGCGCGCGAGCUGCCGACACGCCGCACAUACGACUUUGCCACCUUCACGCGCGGCCAGCUCUGGAUCUACCGACCGAUCGCGGAGCACAGCUACACGGGCGGCGCCGUGUCGGCGCAGUGGCCGCCCGUGGGCGAGCGCAUCGAGCCGAUCGCCUGA